AUGCAGGAAAACGACAUCCCUUUAUACCUGCAUGCGGAGUUUCUACCGAACAUUCGCCAGGUAACCCUCUAUGUCUCCCUUCCAGGCACGGCAGCGUUAACCGGAGUCCGACCGGAUAUCCAACUCUCGGAAUCCAGAAAAGCUGUGACUGUGUCGUUACCAAAGCCCUUUGAGCACAUCACAGAAACAAUGAAACUGCCAGCACGCGUCAGCGACGCCUCUCGGCGCGCGUUGAAAUCCAGUUCCGGGCCAGCACCAAAAUCAGAUACCCAGAUCUCCAGUCAUGAUUAUUCAUUUCGCAUGCAAAUUGAUCCAGAUGAAGAGGCGCUGGCGUCUCGAGACGAAUUGAUCGAUGAUUUUGUACCCUGGACAGCAGGGGAGAUGACAUCCACGACUAGGAUUCGCUGUCGGAAAUGCGAAAACGCUUUUCUUGAUCUUUCGUCAAUAUCAGACUCGGGCGAUGCCAAGGAAUCAAUGCCGGGAUGGGUCUGGAAAGACCUUCCAAGUGGCAACUGGGCUGAAAUGAUGGAUUUUUGGCAUUGUCAUAAGCCCGAUCCCCAUGAGGGCCAUGAGAAGGAAGAGAAAGACUCGGCCCUCCAGCUUGAAGACAAAACUGCACAGACAAAAGGGUAUGGUGCGGAAAGCCAUGUUGUUGCUAUUUCGGGGACAGUUCUUAUUGAUGUUGCCACUUUUCUGUUGGCUGAAAAGGACUGCACAGGGUUAAUCAAGGGAAAUGACGAAGAACAAAAAUCAGCCACCGAAAGCUCAGCGCAAAGAACCCUUGAUUGUGCAAAGUGCAACACCAUAAUCGGCAUGGAAGAUCCCAUCGCCAAUGGAUGGCGCCUCCUCAAAGCCAAUGUAUCCUUGAACACGGCCUCCAGAUCCGACGUCGACACUCCUGGGUGGGAGGUACACCCAACAGAAGCGAUUGUUGCAGCGCAGUUACUCGAGUUAAUCGAAAGAGAAAGCGCGCGGCGAUUCGUUGUUCAUUGUGGCCAGAAGAGCGGUCUCCUGCUAUGGGUCUUCAAUCCAGACAUGCGAUACUCGAAUUCCAGCACCGGUCACAGCAUCAUGGCUCAGCAGGCGAUGAAGGUAUUCUACCAGGAAUGUGACGAUGUGGAUAACCUGCUCCAUCCGGAGAUUGGCAAUCCAUCCCCGUUGUCCGUGGAAGAGUUGGAAUUGCCAUCUAUGAUCUUCGAAGCUAUGUCGCAGGCGCUGGUUGGGAGUACCAAGAUGCUCCCGCCCUCCGCGAGGAUCUUCAAUGAAUGGCAAGUUGGACUUUUGAGCCGUUUCACCCGCCGCAAGGCUUGA